AUGCACAAGUCGAGCAAGGCCGACAAGAGAGCCCUCAAGUCGAACGCCAAGAGGGUCAGAAAGGAGCUGAAGGCGUUUGAGUCUGCAGGCAAGAACGCCAAGGCUCUGAAGCGAGGCACGCGUCAUAUCGGCCAGAUCUUCACGGCUUCCAUAGGCGACAGAUUGGACCGAGGUGGCUACGAGCUUGGAGAAACUGGGGGAAGUAGAUUCGUGUGA